UAAUGAAUACUUCAGGCGAACAAAAGGAAGAGUGGUUUCUUAAGCUGAAUCCUCAACACUGUUUGCCCACUAUUUGUGACAACGGAUACGUCUUAUGGGAAAGUCGCGCUAUAAUGACAUAUCUGGCCAACAAAUACGCCCCCAAUUCAAGCCUAUAUCCGAGUGAUCCCGAGAGGAGGGCUGUUGUCGACCGUAUAUUGCAGUGGGAUUUGGGAACCAUUUAUAGAAAUAUUGGCGAAUAUUUGGCACCCAUUAUGAGAGACGGCAAACAUCCCAAUGAUUUGGAUCCCGAAAAGGGAAAGAAAAUCAAAGAAGCGCUUCAGAUAUUGGACGACUCGCUGGCACUACAGAGUUAUGUCGCCGGCAAUGAUAUCACUUUAGCUGAUCUCUCGGUUCUGGCGAGCCUUUCGUUGGCCGAAGUGUUUGAUUACGAUAUGAUUAGUAUUUACAAGAAUGUCAAGCAAUGGAGCGAUCGUUUGAAGCGAGAUCUGCCCUAUUAUGACGAGAUCAACAAAGAGCCCAUCAAUAUGUUUAAGGCUUAUGUCAAGUCUAGAGCCGCCGAUCAGAGCACUAAUAUUCAAUGAAUCAAUGCUUUAAUAUUUGUUUCAACAAAAAAACUAUUUUUAAACAUUUGUUUCCGAAAUGAUUUUAUUUUCCAUUCAAAUGACAAACAAAAC